AUGUUCGUCAGCAGCAUGACAGAGAAUCCGCGCGUGCCUAUCAAAUACAGGCAUCGUCGCGAAAUGGAUCGCUUUUAUGAGCUGCCUCCUGCUAUGAGGAAUCGGUUGCCCCCACCGGUACAGAAUCUUCUUAACACGAAGCAUCGUGUCAAAGUGCGAGUAACCACCGACAAACAGUCGCAGCAAGUCCUUGCAAAGAUUGUGAAAGUGAGGGUCGCCGAUCUCGACAUUCAUUUUCCAGACACCACUCUGGACUGCCGCAUAAGUGUCAAUCUAGAAAUAGACUGGCACGAUUCAAUACAAGAAUUGGAGCAGCUCGCUGGGAACGCACAGAUUGAUCGGCAAUCUGACCGCAACAAGGAUCGGUUGAGCUACUCUCAGAGUCAUUACCAGAUCGAUCUCACACAAGUCACUCAGAAGAUGCCCGGUCCCAGUGGCACUGAGCGAGUGCAAAAGGAGCAUGAACUCGAGAUUGAGGUAGAUGGACCUGCACUCGUUGAUCAUGGUACUCGUGCGUUGCACGGCGAGCUAUCCGCCUAUGCGGAACUCGUUGAGGGCUUUGUGGACAAUAUUCGUCUAUUGGCGAGGAAAGCCAAGGAGUUCGGCGGCAACUGA